CAUGAAUUCAGUCUAUCCUGCCCUUUUUAGAAGUUGUGAUCGUUUUUUAAUUUUGUUUUUAAGUUACUAAAUAGAAGACUUACUUCCGACUUGAAAAUGAAUAACACCACUAACUUUUAUUGCUGCACUUUUUGUGCCCAGAGAAGUAAAGCCGUUCCGACGAAACUAAAAUAUGAAAGCACUGAUAUUUCCAAAGGACAAAGGGUUAUAAUUGCAGAGAUGGUCAAGAUUUUUUGCAUAGAUAUUAUUCAAUUAUUUUUAGACGACAACUGGUCUAUAUGCGAUAAAUGUUUAACACAACUUAAAAGUUGUUUCGAAUUUGGGCAACAAAUAAAAGAAUCGGUAAUAUUGUUGAGAAAGACUAAUGAGGCAGAAGAAAAAGUUCAACACAGCACCACGACGAUAAUCCCCAAUGAAAUUACUGGCAAGAAACUAAAAACCAACAAACGUGAAAGGGAAAACGCGAGACCCAUUUUACCAAAAAUUUCAAACGCAACAGAAGCAACUCCAAAAAUUUGCAAAGCAGAAAAUAACACUCCUCGGGUGUACAGAUGCUUGGAAUGUGAGCAAACUUUUAGUUCAUAUAAACACCUAAAAGCUCAUGAAAAGGAUUGCAGUAAUGAAACGAAAAUAGCAGGCGUUUCUAUUUGCAAAUUUUGUCAUUUAUGCUUUAAAGAUGACAAGACACUUGCAAAUCAUCAAAGUCUGCUGCACAACAAGCAGCAAUUCUCCUGUUGCAUAUGUAAGGGUAAAUUUUUCGCUUCCAAAGGAUAUCUCACAAGACACAUACAUGAUGUACACAGCCAUACGCACCUUCAUUACUUCUGUGGAGAAUGUGAAGAAAUAACUUCAAUGUCUACCGAUGAACAUAUUAAAUCUCAUUUUGAUGAAUUUCAUUCAUCGAAGGCUGACAGAGCCAUACAACAUGAGGACCACGAAACACUGAAUGAAGAUGACAUGGAUUUAGAAAUGCAUGAGGAAUUUUUGGAUGAGUUUCUACUGGCUCAUACUAAUGAGAAUUCAUUCCAAUUUUCUGAAUGUUGGGAGGCUUUAGAUCUACAUCUACCCGAAAUGCUUCAUGACAAUCCUACAGACAACCAAAACAAUGGAAAACACACUGAUGCAUUUUUUUGCCCCAAAUGUUUAGAGAGAUUUCACAAAAUGCCUAUACUGCUUCGGCAUUUGAUUGAAACCCACAAACUAUCUUUAUUAUUAUGCCAAUCAUGUAAAAAAACAUUUUCCGCCAUUAGAGAUUACCAGCUGCAUAAAAGGACAAAGUGCAUUGAAAACACCGAGGCCGCAUUUAUACAUUGUCCAUACUGCACUAAGGAAUUCAACUCGACUUUCAACCUUAAACAGCAUAUUCGCAGUAUUCACACACAGUUUAAGAAACACAUUUGUCAAUUGUGCGAUAAACAGUUUGCAACAUUGGACCAUUUGAAAAAACAUGUCCUUAGUUUACAUCAAAAUGAACGUAAACAUGAGUGUCACCUCUGCUCAAAGCGUUUCACACAACUGUGUCACUUAAAACAGCAUUUGGCUAUUCACACGACAGGAAAAUCGAUUCAAUGUACACAAUGUUCAGAGAAAUUUUGGCGGAAUAUUGAUAUGAGGCGUCAUCAACAAAAACGCCAUAAUUUUCGUGAAGAAAUCUCUGCAUUAAGGAAAGGAACUGAGUUGGAGUCCAGCUGAUAUUUUUCACAAAAACCAUUCGGAUUUCACAAAAAAUAAACAUUUUAUUGUUAAUAUUAUCAA